AGACAGACAGCAUCCAUUGACCUGUUGCCUUAUAGGAUAGACCUACACAGAUUAAGGAUUUACUCUACAGAAUAAGAAUUGAUACCGAAUGGAAUAUGAAAAACAAAAUGAAGUUUGGAUUGAUUCGGAUUAUGAGGAGGAGGAAACAGGUGAUUCCUCUGAUGGGCUGCAUGGCAUUGUCUACUGCUGGAGCCAUCUUUGCCUCCCUCUACUUCCUAUUUACAAAGAAUGAUGUCAUUUUAAAUACAAGUAGAAACCCUGAACCCUGGGAGGGAGUGGACCCAUCUAAACCACAGAAGCUGGUCACUAUCAACCAGAAGUGGAGGCCGAUUGAAGAACUGGAACAGGUGAAGAGCAUGACCAAGUGAUCUGCUCUCUCUCUCUCUCUCUCUCUCUCUCUCUCUCUCUCUCUCUCUCCACCCACUCCCUUUCCCUUUCCCCUCCCCCUCCAUCCUGAUUGGGAGCCCACCAAGUUGCCUGCCUCCCCUUCCAUCAGUCGAGCGGAAUCAUUUCUACACUGACCAGAUUCUCUGAUCCUGCAGUACAUCUGUACUGCACUAUAGCUGACUAUAAGUGUGACCAAAGCUAUUUGUUUGUGAAACAUAAUGUAUGUGUGAGGGUGAAAUAAGUUAUUUCAAUUGAAAAUGAGCAUUGCUCGUGUUAUUAAUGAUUAAUGAGGAGUGUGUGCCUGUGUGAUCCAAUCUAAAGCAAUGGCUGUAAGAUGACAAUGCCACCAUCAAAAAAAUUGCUUUAAGAAAAGGUGGUCUUUCCAGCUAAAUAUAUUGUACUAUAGAAGUAAUAAUGCACUGAUAGUUCCUUCAGAAAGUAUUCAUACCCCUUGACUUAAGCAACAUUUUGUUGUGUUACUGCCUGAAUUAAAAAUGUAAAUGAAUAACUUCACCAUGCCCAAACGGAUAUUCAAUAUCUGCUUUUUCAUUUUUACCCAUCUACCAAUAGGUGUCCUUAUUUGCGAGGCAUUGGAAAACCUCCCUGGUCUUUGUGGUUGUAUCUGUUUUUGAAAUUCAGUGCUUGGGACCUUACAGAUAAUUGUAUGUGUAGGGUACAGAAAAUCAUGUUAAACACUAUUAUUGCACACAGAGUGAGUCCAUGCAACUUAUUAUGUGAAUUGUUUAGCAAAUGUCAGCUUUUUGUGUUUUAUUAAUUUGUAAAAAUUUCAUACAACAAAAUUCCACUUUAAAAUGAUGGGGUAUUGUGUGUAGGCCAGUGACAAAAAAAUAUAUACAUUUUAAAUUCAAAUUUGUAUGACCUUCAACAACUAAACUUCAACAACU